AUGCAAUUGGCUGCAUCUGGGAUCCCUCCCGUUAAUAAUAAUGGUGGUGGUAAAUGGGUUCCCAUGAAAAUUCAAUUAAAAAAACCUGUGUGUAAAAUAUGUAAUAAAAAUGAUUGUUGGUAUGAUCCUAAAACAAGUACAUUUUCUCCAUAUUGUUCAAAUAGUUGUAAGGCAAAAGCAACUUCAUUUGCAUCUCAAUUCGGUAAUAAUUCUUCAAUUCUAUCUGAUAACAAUCCAUCACUACAACAAAUGCAGCAAACACCAAAACAGUAUCAUCAGACAAGCCCAUUAUCUCCAUUAAAUCCGUCACCUCCGUUAAAUAACUCACAAAGUCCACAAAAUAGCUUUACUCUAAGUGCUGAAGCACCUUUUGCCACUACUAUGCCUUCAGGUAACCAAAGAUCAUAUAACUCGAUUAGAUUAACUAUACCCAAUUCUUCAAAUUCUCAAACUUCAUUAAUAUCUCAAACAGAUUCUAGUCAAUAUGAAAUGCCAAUAUUUUCUAAUCAAUCACGAUCUCAAACACAAAAUAAAAAACCAUCUCAACCACAGGUAGAUCAGCAGAAACAGCCACCACAAACACAACCGAAUACACCAAAUACGAAAAAACCUAAAUCAAAGAAUAAAAAACCGCCUCCUCAAUCACAACCGACACUUCAAACUCAGCAAAAUCAACCAACAGAUCCUAUCCCAUCACCUAUUCUAUCACCCCAAUUUUCAACUCAUACAUCUAAUCAACCAGUUUCACCAACUCAAAACAUUGUAAAUUUAGAAAUCUUAACUGAUGAAUCUCGAAUGUAUUUAAAUGAACAUGAAGAGCCGCCACCACCAUAUGAUGAAGUUGCUGGUGACUAUAAUUACUCUGAUGUCAAGAUAACUCGUGAUGAUUCUUAUAAUGACGAUGAGGACCCAUAUAAAGCCAGACGAGCUCGCAGAAAUAAUUAA